UACCAUCCUGCGGCAGCGGUGGGGGGCGGAGCUGCUGCUGCAGCCCAGUCGGAGUUAGCGGAGGCAGGCGCAGCAGGCACUGCUGGUUUGUCGGCGUCCAGCUCGGAAGGCGCGGCUCCCCCGUCUCUCUUCCUCCCCCCCACCCCCUGGGCCAUGCGCGAUCCCGCCCGGCGUUAGGAGCGGCCCGGAGCGCGGUCGGCAGGCAGCUCCCUCAGAGAGGUGGGAGAGAGUGGAGCAUCAAGAGCUACUGUCCUUUGCAGAACGAGAGAAGAGGAGUGGUGCUGAUGCAGCAUCUCCUUUGGAGAGGAGAUAAGAGAAAACCAGAGAAGAGGAGACCUUAAUGCCUUUCUUGAAGGAGAGGGAGAGCAACUGUAUGUGGGAGAAGUGUUGCUGGAGGCUGAAGGCAUCCUGCAUAUCCCAGAGCCCUGUAAAGACGCAGCAGAUUUUCUUUGCACUGUAAUAGUGAGAGAGAAACAACUUCAAGAGGAUGAGUGAACUGGAACAGUUACGGCAAGAAGCGGAGCAACUGCGGAAUCAAAUCAGAGAUGCCAGAAAAGCAUGUAGUGAUACAACUCUUGCUCAGAUCACCACAAGUCUGGACUCAGUGGGUCGAAUCCAAAUGAGAACAAGACGUACACUGAGAGGUCACUUAGCUAAAAUUUAUGCUAUGCACUGGGGAUCUGAUUCAAGGCUACUAGUCAGCGCUUCCCAAGAUGGAAAAUUAAUUAUUUGGGAUAGUUAUACAACAAAUAAGAUGCAUGCCAUUCCUUUGAGAUCUUCCUGGGUGAUGACCUGUGCAUAUGCUCCUUCUGGCAACUAUGUCGCUUGUGGUGGAUUGGACAACAUCUGUUCCAUAUAUAAUUUGAAAACCAGAGAGGGCAAUGUGAGAGUGAGCAGAGAGUUACCAGGGCAUACAGGAUAUUUGUCCUGCUGUCGUUUUCUAGAUGACAACCAAAUUGUUACAAGUUCAGGGGACACCACCUGUGCUCUUUGGGACAUUGAAACUGGUCAACAGACCACCACCUUCACUGGGCAUACCGGAGAUGUGAUGAGUUUAUCCCUAAGUCCAGACAUGAGAACUUUUGUUUCUGGUGCCUGUGAUGCCUCCUCCAAGCUUUGGGAUAUUCGCGAUGGAAUGUGCAGGCAGUCUUUCACAGGGCAUGUGUCUGAUAUUAAUGCAGUUUGUUUCUUCCCCAAUGGACAUGCUUUUGCGACUGGUUCUGAUGACGCCACUUGUCGACUCUUUGACCUGCGUGCAGAUCAGGAGUUAAUGAUGUACUCCCAUGACAAUAUCAUCUGUGGAAUCACUUCUGUAGCCUUCUCAAAAAGUGGUCGUCUCUUGCUAGCCGGCUAUGAUGACUUCAACUGCAAUGUGUGGGAUACUCUGAAGGGAGAGAGAGCAGGUGUCCUUGCUGGCCAUGACAACCGUGUCAGCUGUUUAGGUGUUACUGAUGAUGGCAUGGCUGUAGCUACAGGGUCUUGGGACAGUUUUCUCAGAAUCUGGAAUUAACUGGGAGACAAACAUGUACAUUCUCCAUUGAGAUCUGGAGAGAUCAAUGCUGCAGCCUAUAGCUGUGAAAUAACAUUUCUACCUUGUAUUUGCAGGUGAAGUUUUUCUAUUCACUGAUUAUUACACAAAAAGGCUUUCUGUAAACUAGAAAAAAAUCAAGUGAAAAAAUAGGGGUGGGGGUGGAGAAAUCACUGACUUUUAAAAAGGGGCCAGGCCAGCACACAUAAUCAUGGUGACUGAGAAACUAAGAGCCAGUCUUUUUUGUUUUUGGUGGUUUGGUUAGAUUGUCCUCGAGGGAUUUCUGCUUGUGCUCAGUCUGCUAAUUCUGUACUUUUUUUGUACAUAACAGAAUAUACACAUUAUAGCAGCCAAUCAUGUAACAUUUGUCUGUAUGUAAAGAAAUAUGUUUGCAUUUUUUAAGGAACUACAUUUAUAGCUUUGCAUUUAACCUGAGAUGUCACUUCUGAGUUUUGUAGUGGAUGAACUAGAUUGCUGUUUUAAACGCUUUUGUGAAUUUACUGUAGAUAAAGUGAAGCCAAUGGUAUGUAUGUGUUUUUAUAAUGGAAGGCAUUUGAAUUACUACCUUUUUUUUUUUUUUUUUUGAAAAGGCCCUGAUGACCAUGGUAAUACCUAGCGCCUUACUUAUUCACUUCUAGACCUAUUUGUCUAUUUAAGCAUGGGGAUUACUCCUUCCAGCCAGUGGUUCCUGGUUCAUCCAUCAGCAGCCAUGGCCUCCAAGCACCAAGAGAAUGUUAAUGCCAUUAGGGGUGUGUGUAUAUAGAUAUAAUAUAUAUA